UCCGAUAGAAACAAAUCGCCUAAAGCUGACCAGCAACAAAAUCAUCCGGUACGCGAAGGAGAACACCCAAGCGAAACUCGCCAGUACAAGCCCUAGCUACGGUUCCGUUUGCGUGCUCUACUUCUUCUUCGUUUCAAAGCUCUCGGAGCUGAAAUUUUUGGCGGCAUUUCCAUGGAGACCACCGGAGGUAGCAGCGAGAGUCCACCGGAUCCGAAGAAAGGCAAAUCGAAAACCCCUAGAAAAGCUAAGGAAAGCGUUCUCAAGCAGAAGUCUCCAGCUGAGUUCUUCGCAGAGAACAAGCACAUUGCUGGGUUUGAUAAUCCUGGGAAAUGCCUUUACACUACUGUUAGAGAACUUGUUGAGAACUCACUUGAUUCUGCAGAGUCCAUAUCUGAGCUUCCUGUGGUGGAAGUAACAAUCGAAGAGAUAGGGAAAAGCAAGUAUAAUUCUAUGAUUGGUCUUGUUGAUCGUGAACGUGUUGAUGAGGCAUUAUAUGAUGACUAUGAAACAGCUAAGGCUCGAGAGAAACGACUGUCCAAGCAAGCUCGAGCUCAAGAAAUACAAACAAAGAAUGCUUCCCUUGGGAAGAAAGUCAAAGAACCUCCAGUAUCAAAGGGUAUGAAGGGUCGAGCUGAGGCUUCAUUUUACAAGGUGACAUGCAAGGAUAAUGGGAGAGGAAUGCCACACGAUGACAUCCCAAAUAUGUUUGGACGAGUUCUGUCUGGGACAAAAUAUGGCUUAAAGCAAACGCGGGGAAAGUUUGGUCUUGGUGCAAAGAUGGCAUUGAUUUGGUCUAAGAUGAGUACAGGACUUCCUAUAGAGAUCUUGUCAUCAAUGAAGGGCCAAAAUUAUGUUUCAUUCUGCAGACUGGAUAUAGAUAUUCAUCGGAAUAUUCCUCACAUUCAUGUACAUGAAAAACGGGACAGCAAGGUUCGGUGGCAUGGAGCUGAAAUUCAAGUAGUCAUUGAGGGAAAUUGGACAACUUACCGCUCCAAGAUCUUGCAUUACAUGCGACAAAUAGCUGUCAUAACCCCUUAUGCCCAAUUCCUUUUUAAAUUUGUCUCAGAUGUACCCGAGUAUGUCUCUCUCUCUCUCCCCAAAACCAUCACAGAUGCACAUAAUUGUCUUCACCUCUUUGGGUUCUACUUGCCAUGUUGCUUUUUGUGUAGGAAGAAUGUCACAAUAAGAUUUGCCAGGAGAACAGACGUAAUGCCUCCAGUUCCUCUCGAAACAAAGCACCAUCCCUCCUCUGUUGAUUUGCUGCUAAUCAAACGCCUGAUCACAGAAACUUCCAAACAGAACCUUUUGCAGUUUCUGCAGCAUGAGUUUGUGAAUAUACCUAAAUCAUAUGCUGAACGAUUGAUUGGAGAAAUGGGCCCAGAGUUUAGCCCAAAAAUGGCUGCCAAGUCUCUGACAUCUCAACAAAUAGUUCGCAUCCAUCAGUUGUUUCGUCAAGCUAAGUUUGAUGACCCUAGUGGUGAUUGUCUUAGUCCUGCAGGCGAAUACAAUCUUCGUCUUGGCAUUAUAAAGGAGCUGCAUCCAGACAUUGUUGCAACUUAUUCAGGCAGUGCUCAAGUAUUUGAAGGCCACCCAUUCAUUGUGGAAGCUGGUGUCAGUGUGGGAGGAAAAGAUGUUAAGCAUGGUUUGAACAUAUUCCGAUUUGCAAACCGCAUUCCACUUCUUUUUGAGCAAGGUGCUGAUGUUGUCACCAGGACUGCCCUUAAGAGAAUCAAUUGGAGUAGUUACAAGAUCAAUCAUACACAGGAUAAAAUUGGUGUUUUUGUGAGCGUUGUGAGCACAAAAAUCCCCUUUAAAGGCACAGGGAAAGAGUAUAUUGGAGAUGACAUAAGUGAAAUAGCUACUGCUGUCAAGUCUGCUAUUCAGCAAUGUUGCAUCCAGCUAAAAUCCAAAAUAAUGAAGAAGAUGCAGGCACGGGAGCAGCAGGAGAGAAAACGAAAUUUAAACAGGUAUAUCCCUGAUGCUACAGGUGCUGUGUAUGAUGUUUUGAAAGAUAUGGCACAGUCUCAUGUAUCAAAGAAGAAGCGUUAUGAUGAUGAGGAUGCUGAACUAUUAAAGAAAGUCUCUUCUCGUUUGAUUACAAAAGAAACAUUAAGGGAAAAGCUCGCUCAACAUGUUGAGCAGGUGGACUAUGAGAUGGCAUUGGAGUAUGCUACACAGAGUGGAGUGAGUGAAGAACCCAGAGAAGCUAUGUAUAUACAGUCACUGGAAGCUGAAAAUAAGUUCAUUGACUUACAUAGUCCCAUCUUUGUUUUUAGACUCUUCCAGUAGUCAUUUCUUGCUAACCUUUAACCUUUUUUUAGUUCUGUAAGGUAGCCAAAGAAAAUUCAUUAUUGUCUUCAUACAGGUUACUCUCAUCAACUAUUUUUCUUGUAUCAAAUUAUUAAAAGAAAUAGAAUUAAAUGUUGGAGACUGAUUGUAAAUCUGUAUUGUAUCAAGAACCAGGAAAUGUUUUGAUU